AUGUGGUGGGACGAGCGGGUGUCGGCUCUGUUCCGGAGAAACCUGCAGCCCACCCUCACCUACUGGAGCGUUUUUUUCAGCUUCGGCCUCUGCAUCGCUUUCCUGGGGCCCACGCUGCUGGACCUGCGCUGCCAGACCCAGAGCUCCCUCUCGCAGAUCACCUGGGUCUUCUUCUCGCAGCAGUUCUGUCUACUGCUCGGCAGCUGCCUCGGAGGAGUCUUCAAGAGGACGUUGUCUCAGUCCUUGUUUGCACUCUUUGCCUCAUCCCUGGCAAUCUCCCUGGUGUUUGCCAUCAUCCCCCUGUGCCACAAUGUGGUCAUCCUGGCUGUGGUCAUGGCUGUGGCAGGACUGGCCAUGGGUUGUAUCGACACCAUCUCCAACAUGCAGCUGGUGAAGAUCUACCAGAAGGACUCAGCUAUCUUCCUGCAGGCCCUUCACUUCUUCGUGGGCUUUGGGGCUCUGCUCAGCCCACUGAUAGCUGAUCCCUUCCUCUCAGACACCAACUGCAUCCUUUCCAACUCCACUGCCAAUGCCUCCAGCAACCUCCCCCACAUCCGCAAGUCCCUGGUGCCACACCACCCAGGAAACCUGUCCCACUACGACCUGCCCAUGAAGGGGAUGGUGGUGACACGAGUCUCCUAUGCCUUCUGGAUCAUGGCCCUCAUCAAUCUGCCAGUGCCCAUCGCUGUGUUCUUCCUGCUCUACAAGGAGAGGAUGGUUCCCUGCUUCAACGGCAGCAGCCACCCCCUGCUCUCAGCUGAUGAGCUGGCCAUGGAGACACGACCUGUGGACAAGGAGGAACUCUCCACCACUGGGCAGAGACCACACACAGCUGGAGGUCACAAUGACUUGUUCAGUUGCUGCCAAAGCAAAAACUUCAGAGGGGCUUCUUACACCUACUUCGCCGUGCACAUCACUGGGGCUCUUGUCCUCUUCAUGACUGAUGGGAUUGUGGGAGAGUACUCAGGCUUCGUGUACAGCUACGCGGUGGAGGAGCCUCUGUCCGUGGUGCACAAAGUGGCUGGUUACCUGCCCAGCCUCUUCUGGGGCUUCAUCACCCUGGGCAGGCUCAUCUCCAUCCCUGUGUCCUACAGAAUGAAGCCAGCAACCAUGGUCUUCAUCAACGUGGUUGGAGUCCUGAUCACCUUCCUCCUGCUCCUGAUUUUCUCCACCAGUGUUGUCUUCUUGUUUGUGGGGACAGCAUCCCUGGGGCUGUUCCUCAGCAGCACCUUCCCCAGCAUGUUGGCCUACACUGAGGACAUCCUGCAGUACAAAGGCUGUGCCACAACUGUGUUGGUGACUGGAGCUGGCAUUGGGGAGAUGGUACUGCAGCUCCUGGUUGGGUCGAUUAUCCAUGAUCGAGGCAGCUACAGCUUCCUGGUGUGUGGGAUGAUCUUUGGCUGUUUGGCCUUUACUUUCUAUGCUCUCCUGGUGUUUUUCCACAGGAUGUACCCCAAGCCCUGCCCAGACCAGGAUGAUGCCUCUCCUGACAAAGCAGCAGUGCCAGAUGACACAGGACAGUAUCAGCGCUGA